UCGAUGGGGUCUUUGGUGACGCGGUGAGCAUCAAUCGUGUAGGCUCUGGAAGGAGUGGGUGCCGUCUCCACCCAGGAGCGAAGCCUCCGAGCAAAUGCAUUGGGGAGGAGGGCGAGGAGGCACGCGCUGUUUCCAGGUAAAGUUUCGCCAUAAAGGUAGUGGCAUCAUGGAAGCCUCGUCGAAUGGUGAAGGAAUGAUGGCCAUGUCUUGUACAUGUUGACUUGCAAGCCCCCAAAUCCAGCUCUUUGUCACGGGCUGCUGGCGAUUCCAGUUGCUUACAUCGGCAGGGCCGUAUCAGAUGAGCUGUAAGAUCUUGAGGAUACUCAACUGGUGGAACUGGGUGUCAAGAACUUUUACUGAGAAGUGGAAAUAAUACUCAAGGUUACUGAAUAUUCUGGAGGAAGAUUUUCAAAGGAUAUGAAUGGCUUAGUUAGGUAAAGGCAGUUUCUUAUUUGUCAUAUCUUUGUAUAAUCUGCUCACCACUAUGGAUUUGGAAAGUCCAUAUGCCUGAAAGAUGAACAUUUUUUUGCUUGGCAACUCAUCCGGACAAAGCUCCCAACUGAUCAGAACCUGAACUGGAAUAGUUUUAAUAAUUGUCGUUUCCAUGAUGAUAUUUGAAUGAUGGAAACCGCUUAUCACUUGUUUCUUGGUUGCAUUGUAGCUGAGUAUUCGAACAGGAUGAAAUCAUGGUCCUACUUAUUCAAAUCAUCCCAGUAACACCGAAGGUCUUUGAUCGGACUGGAUGGAAAAAUAGAUCAAUGAGGGCUUCUUAAUGGGCUUGGGAUUAUCACAGAUUACCUACCUACUGGUGCAUUUGGUUGGAGCAUAACAAAAGAAACAAACUCUUUUGUGGAAACUACAAAGACUGGAGUAUUGUUCCUUAAGAAAGUAGCGCAUAGGGUUUUGCUGAUUCUAAGAGGAAUGGAUUGUUCUGUCAGGUCAGGAAUAAUCUUGUUUCAGCAACACCCCUUGAUUCUUUCAUUCUACUGGUUGUACUCUCUUCAUCGUGAGACUUAAAUAUUCCCUGUUGUUAUUAUUAUUUUGUAUAUUUUCUUAAUGAACAAUGUCAUGAUCAUCUGAUUUUUUGAUCCAAGAAAAAAGUUAGAAUCAAGAACAUGCCCUUUUGCUUUCCAAGGGCUUAUUUCACCCUGUUUCCUUUGCUGGAUGACAAUACAACUCACAAGGCCUCAAAAUACAAUGGCAAUCAUUCCAUUGCAUUUGAAUCAGCUGAAACCGAAGCAUCCAUUAAGGUGGCUUUUUGCUUGCAAGAAACUCAGAAAUGGAUAUAUUACUCAGUCCAACUGUUAAGGCAACACAGCUACUUCUCCUGCUCAGGUCUCUGCAGCCAGAAGUGACUGAUUUAUUUGGUGGUAGUCACGCGGAAUCUCAAUCAAUCAUCACCUUCUUAUUGGCCAAGCUUUUCCCAGGUAGAAAGCUUUGCAUCUGGUGAUGGACGCAGGAGAGAAGGAGGUCAAACGUGAGGACAAUAAUGAGCUCAUGAACAAGGGGAGCAGGCAUCAGAAGCCAAUGAAGAGGAUCAGCAGCUCAGACUCCUUCAAAGUGGAAGGAAAUGACAAGUCCGAGGAGAGAGUACGCCACUCGCUCCUCCUCGAGGGAACGGAGGAGAUGGAGUGGGACGAUGAGCUGUGCUCCAAUGGCUCCUCGUCUCUCGGGCAGAAGAAGCGGCGGCUGAGUGUCGACCAGGUGAAGGCUCUGGAGAAGGACUUCGAGGUGAUGAACAAGCUGGACCCGGAGAGGAAGGUGAGGCUGGCUCACGAGCUGGGCCUCCGGCCCCGGCAAAUCGCCGUCUGGUUCCAGAACCGCCGCGCCCGGUGGAAGACCAAGCAGCUGGAGCGCGACUACGGCGCGCUCAAGGCCCGUCACGACGCGCUCAAGCUCGACGUCGACGCGCUCCGCGGCGACAAGGAGGCGCUCAUGGACGAGAUGAGAGCGCUGAAGGCCAAGCUAGCAGAUCCCGCCACACCAAAGGUCGAGGAGGACGGCCGAGCUCUUGGCUUCCGGGAUGGCACCUCCGACACGGAUUCAAGUGCGGCGCUCAACGAGGAAGCCAGUCCCUACUCUGGAGCGUUGCUGGACCAGCACCACUCUGUUCUGGAAACCAAGUCCCAUUGCUCCUCCAUCUUCAUGGAAGAAGAUGGUUUCUUAAGGGGAGAGGAGCUGUGUGGUGCUCUGUUCUCGGAGGAGCAGGCACCCACCCUCCCUUGGUGCUGCACCGAGGGAUGGGAAUGAGCUAACAGAAGAAGAGGAGGCCACUGUAAAUGGAGUCCUUGGUGGGAACUGUGCGUAAAGGGUAGUGUCAGAAGAUAGUGAAAAGAAGAGACUCAAAGUCUCUUUUCUGUAAGCCAAUGUUUAAUAUAUGUCGAAUAAAGAAGGCCAGGCAAGUAGAGAACUCUUGACAAACUUGGUA